AUGACUGAAUCAAAAACCUUCACCGUCCCCAUCCCUCCUGAAGGCUCUUCGACCUCGCAAGAUUUGCCAAUCCAGAUCCAGAAAAUUAUCGCUCAAAAGGGUCAUUUUCGUCAUGUAGCCGAGCGGUCGCUUCUGGCCGAAAUUCACGGCAAGGCUCUAGCCUCCGAGGAGAAUGGACCCCGUAGCGAAGCUGAUGGUCAGACGAACGAGAUCGAAGCGCCCCAGGAGCUCCGGGAACGGUUGUGGAAAAGCAGGGAGGAGAUGCUUGAGCGCUUGAGCUAUGCGCAAAAUGAAAUUUUGUGCGCUUUGGACUUUGUCUCUCUGCUCAUCUCCAAACAGUCUAUUCCGGCCCAGAGCUCCAUGUCUCCAGCGCUCAAAGAAGCAGUCCCUGCUGGCACUCUCGCUGCACAAACCUUAAAACUAAAGCCGCUUCCCUCUUCUGUGCGACAACGGCUAGCGUCCACCUCUCAGGGCUGGAGAUUGGAGAGUUUUCGGUCUGCUUCAAACAAACUGUCUGCAGCGUCCUCGAGACUCAAAGCUGACACAGAACGUGAGACCGAAUACUGGGCGCAGAUCGCCGAUUUGACAGCUUCUGGCUGGGCGGUUUCGCGGCUACCACGCGACAGCAAAGCGAUUGGCGUGCACUUUGGAUUUCCCGAGUCCGCACCACGAUUCCGUGAUCGAGGUUUUGCACUCCUUCGUCAAGCCAAUGAUGGCGCGGUCAUUCUAGACAAGCACCUGCUCGAGAGGAAGCGCAAAUGGCUGGGCGUCUAUGUGAAUCGACACAAUGUCCGAACCGGGUUCUUCUGUGCCCAGAAACCCACGACAAGCCGGUCAAGGAGCAUCAGCGAACAGCUCACCGAGAUGCGUGAUUCGUUAUUCGAGGAAGAGUUGUUCUACGAGAUCUGUCGUGAGGCUCGUAUAGUGGCAAAUCAAGGAGUCUCCACUCGUGCUCAAGCUGUAGAUCUCGAGGUCGGUAGCGGAUAUCAUGUCUCACUUGUGUUUGCAGAGGACCAUGAUCUUGAAACCUGUGCGAAUGCAGACGACAACACAAUAGCCGAAUUCGUCGCAGUCUCACUUCGCUUGCUGCUGAAUGCCGCUCACCAGCAAAACUUGAUCAGACGAUCCCAGAAACCACCGCCGAUGACCCUCAAGCCUCGUCCACUCCCUGAAUACCCCCUUGUUCGACCCGUUUUGACCCAUCUCAGACACAAGGCUGAAGCAACCGCUUUCUGGAAAAGCUGUCAAACGCUUAUUCGGCCUUUCCUACAAGCCGAACUACCCGUCUCAAUUGCGUUGGAGAAGUCAACGAGUCAUGUGUUCGGAUCUUUAAACAUGGACGCGUCAUCUACAAUACUGUCUGAAAUGAUGCUUCCGGCAAAGGCAGGAUGCAAAAUCAGCCUAACAGGAGGCAGAAGCAUGCAGGUCGGCCUCGCAACCUUUCUUGGACCUCCCCUCUACGGGUCACGUUACGAGACCUCUGCCGUUGAUUUUGGCUUUUCGCACAUACCUAGCUUGCGCCACGAGACGGAAGAGACGACUGUUUCCUUCAUUCGACGAGUCCUUUUACUGGAUUUGGUUGUGCAUGUGGAAUCUAUGAUCAAAGAGUUCAAUAAUGUCAAUAAGUCAGAACGUGGCACAUUCAGGGAAUGGAGGCUGGCCCAACCCCACAACGGCGAAUUCACCCUCUGUGAUUCAGGUGAGGCUGUGGAAAAGUUUAAGGUUGCUGUUCUGCCGGAAUCCAUCAGUAUCAAGUGGAGCAAUUUGGGCAAAGGAUCCGCGACGAAGUACCUGAUAUGGACAUGGACCGCCAGCAAGUGCACUAAAGCAGAUGGCACGGAGGUCGAGCCCGAGACUGAUAUGACUUUUGGACAAGCAGUGGAUCGAAUUUUGAAGGGAGUUAUUUAG